CUCCAACCCAACACGCCCCCCGCACCGCCUUCCGUCCUCAUAAACGCGAGUGGGUUUAAACUCGAGUUGUUUUUUUGUUCGUUAAUCCUCGCCCCCUCUUUCUCUCUAAUCUCCGCCAAGGCGAUGGCGGAUUCGAAGGGGAGCGGCGGCGCCGCCGGCGACAAGCCCGGCGCCGACGCGAGCCCCGCCACGAAUCCGGCCCCGCCAGCUGCCGCCGUGGCCGUCGCCGCUGCGGCCGCGGACGCCGGAGGGGACGACGACGUGGCCGCGGCCGCGGAGGCGCGGCGGCCGUUCACGGCGCUCAGCCAGGUCGACGCCGACCUCGCCCUGGCCCGCGUGCUCCAGGAGCAGGAGCGGGCGUACAUGAUGCUUCGCAUGGGCGGAGGCGUCGGCGAGGGCAGCGAUUACGGGAGCUCGGAUGCCGGGAGCUACGAGUACGACGACGAGGCCGAGGAGGACUACGAGGAGGAGCUGGAGCACCACCUCCGCGUCCACCACCACGAGCACGCCGUUGGGGAGGGUCGUGGCGAGGGAGAGCGAGAUGGGGAGGGGGCUGAGGGAAGCGAGUUCGAGGAGGAGGGGUUCGACGAGGAGUAUGAUGAGGAGGAAGUCGAGCCAGAGCUAGACCCCGCGGAGUACGAGGACGAUGAGGCUUAUGCACGAGCUCUGCAGGAUGCCGAGGAGCGCGAAGUAGCCGCGCGACUUAUGGCUCUCGCGGGGAUCAGCGAUUGGAGACCUGUGGAGCCUGUAGAGGAGCAUGCGAAUGAUCCACAGGAUGCGUGGCAAGAGGUUGACCCAGAUGAGUAUUCUUAUGAGGAAUUAGUUGCAUUGGGAGAAGCGGUUGGUACAGGACACAGAGGCCUCUCUGCUGCUACACUUGCUUCUCUACCUUCAGUAACUUACAAGGCAGAAGGUGUCCAAGAUGGCAACACAGAGCAAUGUGUUAUUUGUCGUGUGGAAUUUGAGGAUGGUGAAUCUUUGAUUGCACUCCCCUGCAAGCAUUCAUACCAUCCUGAGUGCAUAAACCAAUGGCUUCAAAUAAAUAAGGUUUGCCCGAUGUGCAGCGCGGAAGUUUCCACAUCGGACAGCAACCAGGCAUGACCAAUCUUUGCUGCCAUUAUGGGGCUUGAUGGGAGCAAAUAGCGGGCAUCAUAUGGUCGCAUCUUGUAAUGUUGGGGAGAAGGCAGAUAAAACUUUCGGACACAUGCGAGGGACCAGCACUAUGAUCUUUUGCGUUCUUCAGUCCUCUCCUGGCUUAGCUCCACUGUACUCUGUUUGCCCGUGCCGCUAUGCUCUGCAUUCCCUGUGGGGGCCUCAUGGCUGUUGUAUGAUCCAUAAAUGUACAAUGGUUAUAUUAUUAUAUUAUAUAUUGCUAGCCAUUCUUUUACUA